UUUAGGAAGCUAUUUUUCUGAAAAACAAUUUUAUUUGUUGGUAACGAUGGGAAAGUUCCCUUCUCUUACAAGCAAACUUAUUACAAGGAUCCAAAUAACACGAAGUAAAAUUGGUGGCGGUUGAAUACCUUGCUGAAAAUGGAAGCUGGAAGGAGGAGCAAGCAAAGCUUCAAACAUUAAAAACCAUAACCAAAUAAAGAAACCUUAAGUAUUUCACAAAUUCCAAGAAAAAGGUGGUCAUUUCGUGUUCCUUGAUUAGAAAACCAUUCACCUUGUUACUUUUUGAUUCACAAGUUCAGUACCACUUCAACUAUCAUAAGUCAAAUCUUGUUCAACAAAGACGAUUGCUUUGUUUUAAAUUGGAAUGGCCGCAUGUAAACGGGUCGGAUAUUUCGGACAUAAACUGGGAGCUCUGGCCCGGCCCAACCGAUUCAUUUCGAACCGUGCUUUCAACGGCAAACGCUUGUUCCUCGUCGACACUCUAGCUCUUGUGAGAAAACUGGAAGGACAAGGGGUGCCUACGAAGCAAGCCGAGGCUAUUACUGCUGCUAUUACUCAAGUUUUGAAUGAUAGUUUGGAAAAUGUAGCUCAGAAUUUUGUUUCUAAAGGAGAGUUGCAGAGACUUGAGAUGAUUCAAGAAUCCAAGUUGUCCAAAUUUAAGUCUGAAGUUCAAAGCUCUCAGGAGAACCACUUUUCUCUACUGCAACAUGAAAUUGAAAAACUGAAAAGUGACAUAGAAAAGAUGCGCAGCGAAUUGAGGUAUGAAAUUGACAAAGUAACUGCUGGCCAUAGGUUGGAUCUCAAUCUUGAAAGGGGGAGAAUCCGGGAUGAACUAGCAGAACAGAAUCAAGAAACUGCUAACCUCACUAACAAACUUGACCGAGAAAUUCAUGCACUAAGGGCUCAGUUGGAAGCUGCAAAAUAUGAUGUUAUAAAAUAUUGCAUAGGUACCCUUGUCUCUAUAUCUGCUGUUGGUUUGGCAGUAGUCCGCAUUUUGAAAUAAGUGGCUUUGGUACAAUGCUAAUGUUGAUAAAGAGUUGGUCUCCAACACCUUUGCUGCUCAAUGGAUAAAGCAGAGUUGUAUGACGCCUAAAUCUCAAUUUGCAUCAGCAGACAUUAUAAGCUUAGAACUAUAGUGGACCAGUUAAAUGUGCAAUCUAGUUGCAUUACUUUUUACUUCUUGGACGGCUGGUCUGUGUUCUGUGUCUAUGCAUGUGCAUGUAGAUGCUCCCGGCUCUCCCAUCUCCCAACCCUUCAGGUUUCGAAUGGCUCGAAAAUUGUUCUUUCAAAAGAUUUGUCAAGGCAACGGUGUAGCCACAUUGGCCAAGGGGUGGUUAUUUGAAUCCUUUUUUGCAGAAAAUUAUGUUGUGCAAACUUUUUUAGUGUAUAUAUCUAUUGAUUGUUGAGUCCCAUUAAUACAAGAAAAACUUCCAGCGUAGUGGCAAAGAA